AAUUGGUUAUCUUCUUUAUUUACAUUUCAAAUGUUGUCCCCUUUCCGGGUCCCCCCGCCCACUCCGGAAUGAGUCUCAUUCUUGACACAGCCUUAGAAAACCUCCCAUUCAUAAACUGAGCAGCCGCUACCUUUUGCACCAUGAAUUGAAAGUAACCUCAGAAACGUUAGAAAGUCCCAUGCCUUGAAGUUCACAUAAGCAAACUUCGGGCUCACCUGCAGUUAGUUUUAAAAGGGAUUUGGAAGGCAGAUCAUUAUGGCUCAGAGGCAAGCAGAUUUCUGUGAGUUCGAGGCCAUCUUGGUCUACAAAGAGAGUUCUAGGCCAGACAGGAAUACAUAGUGAAAACAUGCCUAAACAAUAAAAAGUGGGGAGACAUCGGAAUUCGUCGCUAGGGUGUGGCCGACCUUCCAGCUGCAAGUUCAGUCAGCCCAUGCGGAGGACUGACAGGUAUUGAAGACCUUUUGCGGGAUUCCGCCUAUCCUACCCCGCCAUGGCAACGCUCAUCUACCCGUUAUGAUCCCGCCCUUCAUCGACCUGCCCCGCGCUUGCGCAGCGCCGCCAGCCCAGCCCCGCCCUUCGCGGAGCAAUCUUUGCCCUCAGGGACCGGGCUUAGGUACAAGAUGGCCGCCUCGCGCCCGGAUCCCCCGAUUCCGAGCUCACCGACCCGGGAGUCGCCAUCCCCGGAGCCGCCGGACCUGGUCCUAGUGCCUGAUGGUGGCCGCCCUGUCACACCCCCAGGUGACCUCAUCGAGAUCCAGGUGGUAAAAGUCACAGAUACCACAUCGGUCCCUGAGCCCCCAGAGCCAGGAUCUUUUCACUGUGCCCUGUGUCCUGCUGCCUUCCGUCUAGUCUCAGAGCUGCUGUUUCAUGAGCAUGGCCACCUGGCAAGCAUGGAGGAGCUUGGGCAGGAUGGGGAUCCUAGCCGUUGUCAUGUGUGUGGCCACAGCUGUCCAGGUCCUGCUAGCCUGCGUGCCCACUACAGCUUGCACACAGGAGAACGGCCUUACCGCUGUUCCCUCUGUCCACGGGCUUUUAAGGCCUUGGCACCUCUGCUCCGGCACCAACACCGACAUGGGGUAGAGCCCGGCACCUCUGGAAGGCUUCUACCCACAACAACAACCAGCCAGCCGAACUCAAGGGUGGCCCAGGAGAGGUCGGAGGUGGUGAUGGCUGCAGCAGCUGCGGGUGCUGUGGUAGGCAAGCCUUUCGCCUGCAGGUUCUGUGCCAAGCCCUUCCGACGCUCCUCAGACAUGCGAGACCACGAGCGGGUGCACACAGGGGAGCGGCCCUACCACUGUGGUAUCUGUGGCAAAGGCUUCACACAGUCCUCUGUGCUGAGUGGUCAUGCCCGCAUCCACACGGGCGAGCGCCCCUUCCGAUGCAUGCUCUGCGACCGCACUUUCAAUAACUCCUCCAACUUCCGCAAACACCAGCGCACCCACUUCCAUGGACCGGGGCCUGGAGUGGGAGAGUCUAGAGGCCAACUGAGAUCAUCUUCGGUGUCCCAAGAAUCAGGAAGUAAAUGUGGGACAGAGAACACUAUGGAAGAAGGGUGUAGAGAGACUGUGAAAGUGAAUGUGGAGGUUGACCAGUAGGCUGGAAGCUAGGGCAUAUCUUAGGAGAGGUGGGUGGGCAAAUAGAGGCAAAGGCCAAGGAGAAAUAACGAGCAGUUGGAGUUAGAUGAAAAAGGGAACCUGGUUCUGGUCUCCCAGAAACCCAUGCUACACUUAAGACUCAGGAAAGAGGUACUUGGGGUCUGUGGGUACCCAGAUAUAUCUGAAAAUGCAUAGACAGCUGGGCAUGGUAAAAGCCUUUAAUCCCAGUACACUAGAGGCUGAGGCAGGAGGAUCAUGAGGUCCAGACCAGACCAGGCUGGAAAGCAAGACUUUAUGUACCACCACCUCUGGUCCAAUGAAAUGUUUUGCCUACCUCAACUGGAUUGCACUGGUCCUGGGAUGCCUACCCUCCAAUGCAGAAGAUGCCCACCGGGUCACCUCUAAAGGGAUGCUGGGAUACCUUCCCCUCAAAACCGAGAGUACCUAAACCACAUCUCUCAGAUGUGAACCUGUUCAUAAAGAUUCACUCUAAGCUCUGCUCACUUCUCCAUCCUACCCCAUAGUGGUCUCUCUUUAACCCACUAAACUCAGUUGCAAGCAACUGAGAGCACACACUACAAGCAGGCAAUCACUUGGUAUCCCUUUAAGCCUUAGGCUCAGAACCUGUCUACAAAGAAAUGUCUGAUCUCUCUAUUCUGCACUCUGAAGUAGGCAUCUUCCUGCAUAGCCCUGGGCAAUUCUGAGGCAGGGUUAGCUAGUGACCACCUUGGUGGGCCAGUACAGGGUGUAAAGUAAGAAAUGACACUGUGGUAAGGGGCUAAAAGGACUUGGGAGUUAGAGUAUGGGGUAAGAAUGGGGACUUCCAGUCUGUUCCUAUUAAAAGACUUUCUGUAAGUCUUCUCUGUCA